AUGUCUGAGCGUAACUGGCCCACCGGUGGUAUCCGGUCGGGUAUCCUCGGAUACCCACUCUCUAAAGGGCCGGCGACGGACCGGCUGGAAGGGUUUCCUUCCAAGGACGACCACGUGCCAAGGGUCCUCAUCAGCCUCAGCCACAUUACACAAUGGGACUUCUUCCUCGACACGACCCUCCAUGUACUCCAGCAGAUGGGCUUCCCCUAUCCAAUUGCUACCCAGCUUUUGAAGGGCGCGAAAUGGUUGGAGUCAACUCAUGUCCAACAACCCUCGGCGCCCACAGGCAAAAACAUUCCCAACCUUGUCUCGAUCCUACACGAAGCAGCAACCGGCCCCGCUUUCGGGUCAUCUGACGCCAUGGUGAGCAAGAAACCCAUGAACGAGUCCCACUCAACCCAUGAGGCCCACUCUGAGAAUGACAACCCCGACAAUCAGCCAGUGGCAGGACCCUCUCGCGAGGUUGGACCCCUAGACUCUCAGCCCAACCCCAACGAAACCAUCGAUCCCGAGGAGGAUGCAGAUGGUGAAGAUGGAUGA